UUAUAUUAGAAAAAUCAAAACUUCGUCGUUCUUAGCAAAACCAUUCAUCGGUCCUCCUCCUCCGGACCUCCAAUCCUCCACCUCACGAGUUGCAACCGCCGCAGUCCUCCGUCGUUCUGUCGUCACGUUCCAGUCGCAACCAUCGCGAUUUCCAUCCAGUCUCAAUUCGCUCCAGCCUCCGGUCUCGCGACUUCCAGUGGUUCCAGUCGGCACCAGUCCAGCAUCCUGAAUCCACUCAAUCUACGGCUCCAUCGUUGCACAGCCUCAACUUGACCACGCCUGACGCCUCCACUCUUUUGUGUUUGACAAAACGCCUCCAGUCUUGGUAAUGGGUUUGGUGAGAUAAUUGGCAAAGGGAACUGCAUUAUCAUUUUGAAGAUAUACCUAUUCAUUUUUGGGUAAAACCUGGUACAAUGCAAACACCUCAAUCCGUACCAGUAACCCAAAGCCAGCCGGCACCACCCAAUCUUCUUCGUGGGCCCCAGUCUCACUUCCCAGGUCACUUCCAGCUGUCCAACCCCCAAGCAUUAGCAUCAGCUCAGGGGGGACCUUCCCAGUCCCACUUGCCACCUCACCACCACUUACAAAGUUCUAGAGGUAUCUCCACUAAUGUGGGUGCCGGGGUCUCUUCUCCCGUUUCCAAAAGGGUUCCCCCUAGGCAGCACUCCCGGCCAACCGGUCAGGGCCAGGCGACCGGUCCGAUGUUGAAGACCAUGGAACUGGCCCCUGCCGCACGAAAAAGGAAAAGGAAGCUUCCAGAAAAGCACAUACCUGAGAAAGUGGCCUCUCUUUUUCCUGAGUCUGCACUUUACACUGAAUUACUUGAGUUGGAGUCUCGUUUGGAUGCUUCCCUUAUGCGAAUGAAGACUACCCUUUCAGAAUCUCUGAAGAACCCUCAGUGUGUACAGAAAACACUCAGAAUAUACGUAUUCAACACCUUCUCUGAUCAAACAUGGUCACUCAGGAUAUUUGGGAGGAUACUGAACAACCAAACCUCUUCAGAACCCAAAUUUUCAUCUUUCUUCAAGAAAAUCACUGUAUAUCUUGACCAAAAUCUGUAUACGGAUAAUCAUGUGAUUCUGUGGGAGGGUUCCCGGUCGCCGGUUCUCCAUGAUGGUUUUGAGGUGAGCAGGAAAGGGAACAAAGAGUUCACUGCAAUAAUCAGACUGGAAAUGAACCAUGUGCCGGAGAAGUAUAAACUCUCGCCGGCUUUACAAGAAAUUCUUGGAAUUGAAGUGGAGACACGGGCAAGAAUAUUAGGUGCUGUUUGGCAGUAUGUGAAAGCGAAGAAGCUUCAGAUUUCCGAUGAGACUUCUUCUUUUUUGUGUGAUCCACCUCUAAAGAAGGUUUUCGGGGAAGAGAAGGUAAAGUUCUGCGCAGUAAGUCAAAAGAUUGAUCCACAUUUGACCAUUCCACAGCCAAUACAUUUAGAGCAUAAGGUCAAGCUUUCUGGGGAUAGUCCUAGUGGGAGUGCUUGUUAUGACGUACUAGUUGAUGUCCCCAUUACAUCACAGAAAGAAAUUUCGACUUUCUUGGAGAGUUUGGGGAAGAACAUGGAGAUUGAUGUUUAUGAUGAUGCUAUUUCCGCCGCCAUAAGGAAAUUAAAUGAGCAUAAAAAAAGGCGGGCAUUUUUUCUUGGAUUCAGUCAAUCUCCUGCUGAGUUCAUCAAUGCACUUAUUGCCUCUCAAGCCAGGGAUUUGAAGCUUGUUUCUGGGGAUUCAGUCCGUGAUGAAGAAAACGAGAGGCGGUCAGGAUUCUACCAUCAGUCUUGGAUUGAAGAUGCAGUCAUACGAUACCUGAAUCGCAAGGCUCCUGCUGGACAAUGACAUUACCCUUGGCGGGACAACAGCGAUCAUUAUAUAAUUUCUUCACUUCUUUUGUAGGUUGAUCUUAGGUGCAAGUGGUAGAAAGAUUCUCUUUUUUUUGGAUGAAGGUAGAAAGAUUCUCUUGUUACUACUAGUGGUGGAGACCUUUUCCAGGGGUUUUGCCAUUUUAGGUACCAGUUCUUUUUACCAUGUAUGUUGAUGAUAUCAAAGCUUCACUUUGUUUUUAUGGGUUCAAAUCCAUCCCAAGUGUGUAUCUAAAUGAUACAAAUUUUCAUUUUGUUUCUGUUGGUACCAAUGGUUCAUGAGAAUGUAUCAUCAUCCAUUGGUACCAAAUCUGGUUAUCCGCCAACUUUUUGACUGGAAAAGAAUUAGGAAUGCCGUUUUAUUACUUUCAUUUUUGCCUAAC